GUGAGAGCGUAGUAGAUGCUCGACGAUAACUGAAAGUGGAGCCGGCGGGAAGAGUUGGGGAGAAAAAGACCGGGCGGGUGCCUGAGGAUCCCGGAUCCAGAACGGAUUCCGCUUCUGGGAUUCUCGUUCUUCUUUCCGCCGACCAACCGUUCAUCCAUCCUCACCUCAGUCCAGCCAUCAUGUCGUCCCGCACCGUCUGGAGGAGUCUCCAAUUGCAAGCCCGGAGACGUUUCACCGUCCCGGAGACACCAUACCGCUGCUUCUCCUGCACGCGACGUGCCCAGGAGUCGCCCAAGUCCAACCAGGACGAUCGCAUGACCCAUUUCGGCUUCCAAAAUGUUCCCGAAGCACAGAAGGAGUCUUUGGUGGGGGCCGUGUUCAGCUCCGUUGCCUCGUCCUACGAUGUGAUGAACGACAUGAUGUCGCUGGGCAUCCACCGCCUGUGGAAGGAUCACUUUGUCCGCUCUCUCAACCCCGGAUCCGCACUUCCCUCUCGCGAACACGAUACGGCAGGACGUGGUUGGAACAUUCUCGAUAUCGCCGGCGGGACGGGCGAUAUCGCGUUUCGCAUGCUGGACCACGCGACGAACAUCAACAAUGACCACGAAACCCGCGUAACGAUCGCCGAUAUCAACCCGGACAUGCUGGCGGAGGGCCAGAAGCGCAGCGUGCAGACGCCUUACUACAACACAAACCGACUGUCGUUCAUGCAGGGCAAUGCGCAGUCCAUGCCUUCCAUCCCGGACAACUCGGUGGACCUCUACACUGUGGUGUUUGGUAUCCGCAACUUCACGGAUAAGCAGGCAGCAUUGAACGAAGCGUUCCGUGUGCUGAAGCCUGGUGGUGUGUUCGCCUGCAUGGAAUUCAGCAAGGUCGACAACGCCCUGUUCAAUGCGGUCUACAAGCAGUGGAGUUUCAGCGCCAUUCCCAUGAUUGGUCAGUUGGUGGCGGGUGAUCGGGACAGCUACCAGUACUUGGUCGAGAGUAUCGAGCAGUUCCCUAGCCAGGAGGAGUUCCGCGGCAUGAUCCAGAAGGCUGGCUUCAUGAUCCCGGGACGUGGUUUCGAGAAUCUGACGGGUGGAAUUGCCGCUAUUCACAAGGGUAUCAAGCCGCUUUCCCGGGCUUAAGAGGGGCAACUAAAAGGGAUGGAUGGAUUGUUUCAGACAGUGUACACUAGCAUAUCUUUUUCGCCACUGUAAUAAUAUUGACAGUCAGUUAUUGACAUGGAAGGCAGUUGAGCCAGUCCGGAACGGCAGCGGGGAAUGGAUCUGCAAGACAUCAGCAGCGUUGCGGAUGGUGUGAUGGCGGAUUCCGAAUGGCCGGGCGGAGGCAGACUAAGUAGGGGUUAGAACUUAGAAGAGCGUAGAAGGAUGCAUGCGUCGGG